AUGGAGCCGCAGCACAAUGGAUCCAGCAAUCUGAGUGAGCAGGCACCCACCGCCAGCCUCCCUUACUCACCCUUCGCCACAGCGCUCAUCCUGCUGGCCGUGCUGACCGUGGCUCUUGUGACGCUGAUGGGGAAUGUCUUGGUGGUGCUGGCGGUGUACACCAGCCGGGCCCUCCGGGCCCCUCAGAACCUCUUCCUGGUGUCUCUGGCUGCAGCCGACAUCUUGGUGGCCGCCCUCGUCAUCCCCUUCUCCUUGGCCAACGAGGUCAUGGGCUACUGGUGCUUCGGCAGCCUCUGGUGCAGCCUCUAUCUGUCUUUGGACGUGCUGUUCUGCACCGCCUCCAUCAUGCACCUCUGUGCCAUCAGCCUGGACCGCUACUGGGCCGUCACCCGCGCUGCCCGGUACAACCUCAAGCGGAGCCCCCGGAGGAUCAAAUGCAUGAUUGGGGCCGUCUGGGCCAUCGCCGCCUUCGUCUCCCUGCCGCCCCUUUUUAAGUCGACGCACCAAGACCAGGUGUGCCUACUGCACGACGACACCUGGUAUGUGCUGGCCUCCUGCACCGCCUCCUUCUACGCGCCCUGCCUUAUCAUGGUGGCAGUGUACUGCCGGAUCUAUCACGUGGCCAAGCGCCGGAACUCGAUUGUCAUUGCCGCGAGGCGGGUGUCCUACCCCAGCCUCAUCACGGCGGUCAAAUGGGAGAGCCGCAGAGCGAGUGCCCAGCAGCCCUCGGGGGAAGCGCAGGACGUAGGCUUGGAGCAUGGCCAGCUUUCCCACCCGCAGCCCGGCUUACCUCGGCUCUCUCGGCAGUGGCGGGCAGAAGAGGUUAGCAACAGCGGUGCUCGGGUUCAAAGGGCCCCGAGGCUGUCCUGGUCGGUCCCCGUCAACCGGCAGCCACGCAGGAGCAGGGACAUGUCCGUCUCCACCAACCGGCUGAUGCAGGCCCGCGAGCGCCGGUUCACCUUCGUCCUGGCGUUCAUCAUCGGUGCUUUUGUGCUCUGCUGGUUCCCGUUCUUCUUCACGUACAGCCUCGAAUCUGUGCUUGGAGACGGCUGUUGCAUCUCCAAGCCCCUCUUCAAGUUCUUCUUCUGGAUAGGCUACUGCAACAGCAGCUUCAACCCCAUCAUCUACACCGUCUUCAACCGGGACUUCCGUCGGGCCUUCCAGCACCUCCUGUCGCGGGCCUCCCCGCUCACCUGUCGAAAAUGA